UGCACUUGUUCUGUGUGUGUUUAUACCAUCGUUAGAAGUGCGUAGAGUAGGUUGGUCACCGUCGGUCAUUAAUUGUGCUGCAGCGUAUUCGUGAGCACUUCUUGAGUCAUGCGGGAAGUGCAUUGCCAGUGUGAAGAAAAUAGAUACACACAAACCGGGAAAUAAAUCGGCCCAGGGGUGAGUCGAUUGGUUUCGCUCAUUUGGUGGUGUGUGGUGCGUUCCGUUGUUGUGUACCAGGGUGUAGUAUGUAAUUGUGAUCGUCGGUGUGUGUGUUUUUUGCUGUUGUUUUUUGUUGUUGCGUAUGUUCCAAGGGAAGAAGGAAGAAAAAUAGUAAUAAUAGAUGAUUGUGUAGCUCUAGUGAAGCAGAAACGGGUGAUUCUAUCAAUUUACAGUCGAUUAUCUGUCUACACAUAGAACAGCAAAAAAAAAUAGGUAAAGUUGGUGCGUAUCAUCUCGCGUUGCGUCUGUGUGGUGUGAUAAUCUAAAAAGUGCAUCCAUUGUUCGAUAAGUAAGCCACCAGAGAGAGAGAGAAAGAGCGAGAAAGAGUGUGAUAUCCGAUUUUGAUCGAUAAGCUGGCCACAGUUUACACCAGCCUCGUUACACCUUUGCCCGACAUCUCGGCGGUCAUCGUAUCACUAAUGUUUCGCCGUCGACGACGACGUUGGGGUGAGAUCGUUUCGUAGACCGCCACUGCGGCUAGUGUGUGUGUGUGUGUGUGCGUCUGGUGUACGAGAAAGAAAGGAAGGAUCAUUAUAGAGUCGGAGCCAGCCAGCCAAACCUAGUUUUGAUCCUUUUCGGUCACGAUCGGAGCGCAAGCGACUAAACAUCGGUCCGUCAUCUGCACGGACAGCAGAACCGUAGCGAUGAACAAGCUGGAGUAUUCACGGCGCAAUGGCACGCAAAAGAUCCGGAUUACAAUUCUCUGCGCCCGUAAUCUGGCCCGGAAAGAUUUGUUCCGACUGCCCGAUCCAUUUGCCAAAAUUCUCGUGGAAGGCACCACCCAGGAGUACACGACAGAAAUCUGCAAAGCAUCGCUUGAUCCGCGCUGGAACUCACACUACGAUCUGUUCCUCGGCAAGAACGAUAACAUCAUCAUUUCGAUCUACAACCAUCGGAAGCUGCACAAGCGGCAAGCCUUUCUCGGCUGCGUGCGUAUUGUGGCCUCCAGCAUACAGCUUCUGCGUGAUACGGGAUAUCAACGGUUGGAGCUGGUGAAACGGUCGCAGGAUGAUCCGGAUCCGGUAAAGGGGCAGAUCAUUGUGUCGCUAAUGUCGCGCGACAGUGCCACCGGUGGUAAUCCGCUCGCCAUCGUAAGCCCGGCCGGUGAUGUGCGCGUACCGGACGAUGACGAUACGGUGGACGAUACGCUUAUCGUCGAGCAACAGCAGUUGCCCCAGGGUUGGGAAGAACGUUCGACACAGGCGGGCCGCACGUACUAUGUGAACCAUUACACCAAGACUACGCAAUGGCCACGACCGACCGAACCGGCCGGUCCACCCGGUCGCCAGUCGUCGAACAAUGCGGUCAAUGGAGGGACGGUCAAUGGUGGUGGCGUUCCUGUGCAGCAGCACAUUCUCGGCAGUCCGACCAACGGUCCGGCUAAUGGGGUUGGGGAGGAACCGGGCUGUCCCACGAUACCGGCCGGUCCGUCCAAGUCAGCCACCAACAACAGCAUCAAUAGUAUUCAGUCGAACGAUUCCGGUAGCCGGCGGCAUUCGGCCGAAAUACUGGUCAGCUCGAACAAUAAGGAAAACUGCAUCAAUCAACACCAUCAUCAGCAGCAGCAGCAUAAUGGGAAGGACCAUUCGCACCGUAACGGCAGCAAAGAUGUGGACGGGAACGGUGUAAGGGAGGGAUUAGUAAAUGGUAAUGGUGCUGGUACGCCCGCACACAACCGGCACCGAAAUGAUGCGAAAAGUCCGGUACGCAUACAGGACGAAUCGAUUCUCAUCACACCGAGCUCCUCCAAUACGAGCCCGUUGAGUGAAAUCAAUAGCCCUAUAGCGUCACCCAAGCAGCAGGACGUAUCACCACGUUCUGGCAAUGGUGGAAGAGAACCGCAACAAGUCACUGGAGUAACGAACGCGAUCGGGACACUUGCGAUCGACACACCGAGCACGGUUCGGUCGCCUUCCAGCACGAACCCAUCGAGCGGUGGACAGUGUGUGGUGCUGGUGAAUGGUAACGGUGGUGGUGUCACGAAUUUUAGCAGUCCCAACCAUCAACAUUCGCGCAGCGGUGGAGAUUCGAGUGUACCCGCUCCCGGUGGUGGUGGACCGAACCAUCCGGCAGCGAAACCCACGGUGCCUUCAUAUUUGCCGCUGAAUGUGAGCAACAGCAGCGCAACUAAUGGAGCAACCAACAAUAGUACAUCCAAUGGCGUCAGCAAUCACAGCAAUAGUUCUUCCGGUCCCGAUACUAUUGGUGGUGGGACGGGUGGUGGUGGUGGUGGUGGAGGUGGUGGUGGAAGAUCACAACAGCAACACCAUCACGGAACACCUGCCGGGGAAAGUUGUCAUCGGGAAGGAUCGGCAUCGCGCUAUCGGACCCGUUCCGGUCGUCACGCGGAAGAUCCUAACCGGCGGCGUACAUCACGCGAUAGGCCACCCCGACCAUCGAUGGGAGGCAUUGUUAUUGCCGGACACCAAACCCGUUCGGGUGUACCCUUCAUCCGACCAGCAGUAGAUCUUCCCCUUGGCUAUGAAAUUCGAACAACCCAACAAGGACAGGUAUACUUCUACCACAUACCAACGAAACAGUCGACAUGGCACGAUCCGCGAAUACCGCGCGAUUUCGACACACAAAACCUAACGACGGAAACGCUCGGUCCACUGCCGCACGGCUGGGAACAGCGAAAAACCGCAUCCGGCCGGGUAUAUUUCGUCGAUCACAACAACCGCACGACACAGUUCACGGAUCCACGGAUAAACAUGCACAUCCUGCAGAUGAUACGGCGGCAGAACAGUGCAGCAGCGUCGCCACCACCGGCUACCACCGCCACUACCGGUACCAAUGGCUGUUCGUCCGUUGCGCUGUCACCGCUCUCCGGUGCUGGACCGCAAGUCCCGAACGGUAGUAGUGGCGGUUCCAGCCGACAUGCAGCCCUGGCGGAAGCAGUCAACGCUAUCACCAACGGAGACGCGCAUCACCAUUCGCCGAGGGGUGCAACCGUAAGCAAUAACAUUCCCGAUCUACCGCAGGGCCUGAUGGAUAGUGCCGAUCUGCUGCCGAAGUAUCGGCGCGAUCUCGUCGGCAAGAUACGGGCACUGCGGCAAGAGUUACAGCUGCUACAACCACAAUCUGGUCACUGUCGGUUAGAGGUGUCUCGAAAUGAAAUUUUUGAGGAGAGCUAUAGACUGAUCAUGAAGAUGCGUCCCAAAGAUAUGCGCAAACGGUUGAUGGUGAAGUUUAAGGGCGAGGAAGGGCUCGAUUAUGGUGGGGUAGCCCGUGAAUGGUUGCAUCUGCUGUCCCGUGAAAUGCUCAACCCACAGUACGGACUGUUCCAGUACAGCCGGGACGAUCACUAUUCACUGCAGAUUAAUCCAGACUCGGGCGUUAAUCCGGAACACUUGUCAUACUUUCACUUCGUCGGGCGCAUUCUCGGCAUUGCCGUGUUUCACAAUCACGUGCUGGAUGGUGGUUUUACGCUGCCGUUUUACAAGCAGCUGCUCAACAAACCGAUCACACUCUCCGACAUCGAGGACGUCGAUCCGGACCUGCACCGUAGUUUAACGUGGAUGCUUGAAAACAAUAUGACGGGUGUAAUCGAUUCGACGUUCAGCGUGGAAAACAACAGCUUCGGUGUGCUGAAGGUGCACGAGCUAAAACCGAACGGGGCCUCCAUCCCGGUAAACGAGGACAACAAGCGGGAGUACGUGAAGCUGUACGUGAACUAUCGGUUUAUGCGCGGUAUCGAACAGCAAUUUUUAGCUCUCUCAAAAGGAUUCGGUGAAUUGAUUCUUAGCCAUCUGCUUCGGCCCUUCGACGAGAGGGAACUGGAGCUACUGAUCAGCGGUAUUAGUCAGAUCGAUGUGAACGAUUGGAAGGCGAACACGCGGCUAAAACAAUGUACGGCCGACACACCGCAGAUCGUAUGGUUCUGGCAGAUCGUGGAAUCUUACUCACCAGAGAUGCGGGCCCAGCUGCUACAGUUCGUGACGGGUUCGUGCCGUGUACCGCUGCAAGGUUUCCGUGCACUGCAAGGUUCGACCGGUGCCGUCGGUCCACGGCUGUUUACCAUCCAUCUGACGGCGGACGUACCGAUCCAGAAUCUGCCGAAGGCGCACACCUGCUUUAACCGGCUCGAUCUACCGAUGUACGAUUCGUACCAGCUGAUGUACGACAAAUUGACGCAGGCCGUCGAAGAGACUUGUGGAUUCGCGGUAGAGUAGAGGACGGAAAGUGGCGGAAUCGUGUACACGGGUGAUUUUUUGUUUUUGUGUGAUUUACGGAGAGAUUGUCGACCACAAAAAAACCGGAAAAGAAUAUCCAAACGUGGCGGUGAAACGAAACGAAACGGAUUGAAUUGUUUUCCUUUCGAUGAACGACUGUAGUCGGUGUGCGUACGAAAGGAAAAUUAAUUUACCGUAAAUUAAUUGUACCGGUAAGCAGGAAGUGUAUCGAUUUGCGUUUCACACAUGAAUAACCGUCGGGGGAUAGCCAGUCGGAUGUAAAUGUUUGUGGCACCGUUGGAAGAUGUUACCUUCCCCCCAACCCAAAAAAAGUGUAUGCGCGUUUGUUGGUGGAUUAGAAAAAAAAGAAGGAAAGAAAACAAAAACACAAUCGAUUGUGUUUUACUUUUAUGCUUUUAACUGAACCGUUUCUUCCAUCGGAAUUAUCGGAAAGUUGUUGAAAAAAAAUUAUUAAACCCUAAACAAACAAAUAAACAAACAAACACACAGUCUAGUAACACAAUGAUAGACCGUGCUUAGAUAGAAUGAAAAGUGGACUGUUUGAUAAAUUAAGUCAAAUAACAGCUACGAGCUUGAAUGCGAAUUGCGCAGGUUGCAAGAUACAAGACGUGAGAUGGAAGGUAGCGAAAUGCCAGAAAGGUAUAUCGUAUAGUUUUGGCGAAAGAGUUCGAAUGUGGUCCGAUGAAGCAAAUAAUGAGUGAUAUAAUUAUACAAGUAAAUCUAUAUAUAUAUAUAUAUAUAUAUAUAUAUAUAUAUUAAUAAUAUAGUAUAUGUAAUAUGUAACUAUAGAUGUUAUCUGUAAAAAGGUAUAAAACAAAAACACAAAACACCGCUCAUAUAAGGUGUUUAUGUAUGUAAAAAGAGAAUGGGAUAGAGAGGAAAGGAGAGAGAGAGAAACCAUGCGAUGUGUUAAAACCGAAUGCACAGACAGACGCUGAAAUGGAUGACGAAAGCAAGUGCUUCAUGUUGGGCUAGAUCAGUAAAAUAAGCCGAACUUCCGAACGAUCGUAGGUCGAUAGGAUUUAGCUCUUGUGUUUGGCAAGUGCUUCAAGCUUUAAUGUGAGGAUUUGUGAGAUUAGUAAGCAAAAACAAACAAACAAACAAACAAAAUCACGAUGAUGAUUGUAUGCCAUGGAAGAUUUGAAUACACAUAUCGCCCUAGCAGUGUCGCCAUCUUGGGGCCCCCCUAUGGUAAGCACCAACCGAGGGCUGCUUAUAAAGUUGAUUAUUUAUUAUUGUUUCAUUUAUUUGUUUUUCCCACCCUCGUUCGACAAAUUAUACAUCAAUUGCAAACACAAUAAAUCACUUCCCUGGAGAAAAGUAAAUCCCUUGCAAAAUGGCGCUGUAUUGUUUUGUUUUUCUUUUCGACUGUAAAUAGUUUGUGAAUAUUUAAAGCAUUGUACAGACGAUUGGUGCUUCCGUGCAGUGUGUAGUUGGAGUUUUAAAUAUUAGCGUUAGACGCUUGUUGUGUCUAACACACUUAGCUGAAAUCGUGCCACUUAUCAAUAGGACAAUAUAUAUGCUUCGUGUAGAGUACAAGCAUGAGAUGGUUAAACACGAUUUUGUAAAUUUCAAGAUUUAUCAAUAAAUUAAUGCGAUGCAAAGUUGGUUUGCCGUUUUAAAGGCACUCAGCAAGAACGACUACCACUCGAAGACUAUCGUCUGUACAAAGCUGCUAAAAUUCGUUGAUUUAACACACUCCGUACAUUACUGCACUACGCGCGGCCACCAUUUUAAUAGACAACACUGUUUUUUGUACACUUCUUUCAAACAACCCGGUUCAAAGCUCUAACUCUAGUAUAUUCAAUUCUCCAAUUCAAAAGUACACUUUCAAUGGUAAAAUGCUCAAACUUAGUACCAUGUGAAAUGUGAAAAACGCAAAUCAAACUACACAAUGUCUAAAUGAACAAAACAACAACAACAAGAAGAAAAUAAAACAACAUAACAAUCAAAAGAAUUUAGCGAAAAAUAUUGUAGAACAUGUUUAGAACGUCUUAACCCUCCAUUUUCAUAGGUCAUUUUAAAGAAACAAAAGGAAAUAAUAUUUAUAACACAUGCGUCUAAAGUCAAAUCAACUUGCUAAAAAGGGAGAAUAAUCCGCUUAGCAAAACAAAUAUCUCGUUCGUAGCGCGCUAGGUAACACUAAUUAAAGAAAGAAAAAAAAGCGUUAAGAAAAAAAAACAUUGCGCAAAGACUUUUACUAAAAGAGUUCUAGAAACGAAACAAAGCGUUGGUCAAUAAAUAAAAGAAACAUCUUUUUAUUAUAGCAAACCGAAGCCCAUUUAGUUAGCGUAGUAAAAGAAAAGAAAAAACAAAACGAAUCGAUCGAUCGAUUUAAAAAUAGUGCAACAGUAACGAAAAAAGAGUAGUUAAUGAAAUGUGUUAACACAAAACAAAAAAGAAACAUAGCAAAAACACAAUACAAUACAACCGAUUUAGAUAAUCUAUUAAUUGGGCACGAGUGUGGGGCGAUAUUGACGAUAGAGGAGACGCCAUGUGUUAUGUCGUACAUCGUUAGCUAGGGUUAGGUUAGGGAGUUUCCUUCUUUUUUUUGUGGUUCGUCCUUUUCCCGGGAGUGGGUUAAUGAUCGUUCACUAUGUUUUAGAGGAUCGAACGCACUAUCGAACAUCGCGAGGUUCGCUUGUUUUUUGUUUUUGUAAAAGAAUCGAAAGAGAACCAUGAAAAUGUUUCCUUUUUAUACCGACUUUAAGGCAUAUGGGGAAAUAAUUAUUAUUAGGCAUCGUUGAAGAUCAUAUCACUUUUGGAAGUAACGUAACAAAUGGUGGUGCCGAUUCCCGAUCUGAUUUCCUUUUUAAAGAUUACCGGCGUUCCCGAUAGGCGCAAGCAAAGCUAAUUGAUGAAACGGUUUUAAAUUCCAACGCAUGACAAUAGUUCGCCGGUGCGUUACGGUGAGAGCAAAGAGUAAACACGAGCAAUGUAUAUUAUUUUGUAAAAUAUAAAAAAAUACAAUAUUUCCGUUCAA